GGUGAAGUCUGAAAUCUGUGUUCCGAAACACUGGCACUUGCUCGCACUCUCCUGUUGGCGCUAGCAGCGACUGUGCGCGGUUGUUACGGUUGCUGCGGAUCAUGAUUCCGCCGUGGCAGUUCUGCACACUGUUUUGAUAGUAUCGCACAAGAUGAUCUUCAUAAACCUUCGUGAAGUCGUGAGGAUGAAGUGCAGAGCGGUCAUUCCCUGCAACCACAUCCGGAGAAAGAUGUGUCACGGAACAUCCAACUCCGCACGUCAACGUCGGAAAUCAUAUGAUAUUAUAGUUGUAGGAGGUGGUCACGCCGGAACCGAAGCAGCAACGGCAGCAGCUCGCAUGGGGUGCGAUACCUUGCUACUUACACACCGCUUCGACACUAUUGGGGAAAUGUCUUGCAAUCCAUCGUUUGGUGGAAUAGGCAAGGGUCAUCUCAUGCGAGAAAUUGAUGCACUCGGAGGAGUUUGUGGAAAGAUUUGUGAUGUGUCCGGAAUCAACUAUAAGGUCCUUAACAGAAGUAAAGGACCAGCUGUCUGGGGCUACCGUGCUCAGAUCGACAGAUCACUCUAUAAGAGAAACAUUCAGCAUUACAUCAGGCAACAUCCAAAUCUAACAAUCCUUUGCGGAAGCGUCGAGGAUCUUUUAAUAGUGAACCGAGGAAAAGCAAAGCGGUGCAGUGGAGUGUUGCUAAGUGAUGGCUCAAAAAUUGCGUCAGAGUGUGUGGUGCUCACAACCGGAACCUUCCUGAGAGGGCAGAUCAACAUAGGACUGGAAAGCUAUCCUGCAGGAAGAAUGGGAGACAAACCUUCUAUAGGACUUGCAGAGACUCUAGAAAAACUCAACUUUAAGCUGGGAAGGUUGAAGACAGGCACACCACCAAGACUUGACGGCAGGACAAUCGACUUCAGUAACCUUGAAGUUGUAAAUGCUGACAACCCCCCAGAACCAUUCUCAUUCAUGAACACCUCGGUUUGGAUAAAGCCAGAAGACCAGGUUUCCGUGUGUCUUACACAUACAGUACCUGAUAUCGAGAAACUUGUACUAGAUACCAUGCAUCUCAACAGACAUGUCAAAGAAGAAAUACGAGGCCCUAGGUACUGCCCAUCAAUUGAAUCUAAAGUGUUACGGUUUGGGGGACGGAACCAUCAAGUGUGGCUAGAGAAAGAGGGUUUUGACACAGAUGUUAUAUAUCCCAGUGGUAUUUCAUGUACACUCCCUGCUGAUCUUCAGGUCAAGCUUGUCCGCUACAUGCCAGGAUGUGAAAAAGCCGAGAUUAUACGCCCAGGUUAUGGCGUCGAAUACGACUACAUUGACCCAAGGCAGCUGAAACCAACCCUCGAGACCAAAGCAGUGCCAGGGCUGUUUCUUGCGGGUCAGAUCAAUGGUACAACUGGCUACGAGGAAGCAGCUGCGCAGGGUAUUGUCGCUGGCAUCAAUGCAGCGUGCACAGUACAGAAAAAAGACCCGUUUGUAGUAAAUCGUCUGGAAGCAUAUAUCGGCGUUCUGAUCGAUGACCUUACAACUCACGGAACUCUUGAGCCCUACCGCAUGUUCACAAGCCGAGCAGAAUUUAGGCUCAGUCUUCGACCAGAUAAUGCAGACCUGAGGCUUACAGAAAAAGGAUACAGGUGUGGAUCUGUUUGUGAAGAACGAUACAGAAGAACUGUUGAAAUCAGAAAUAUUUUACGUGAAGCCCAGCAGUUCUUAGGAUUGCAAACAAGAGCGGCAUGCCAAUGGAGCCAGCUUCUGAAUGUAGACCAAGGAAGAGGCUCCCCUGCACAAAAGAGUGCCUUAGAACUGCUCUCCGGCUCCCUUGUAACAGUAGAAGACAUGUCAACCAUAUUUCCUGAACAACUUGAGAACGUGAUGUCAUCAGACGGCCUGAAGGCAAGGCUGAAGAUCGAAGCAAUAUAUGCUGGUUUGGUUGCACUGCAAGAGAAAGAAAUUGAAGAGCUCACUAGAAAUGAACAGCUUCAGCUCCCUACCGACAUUGACUACAAGGACCCAUCGUUAAACUUGUCCAAUGAAGUUCGCACAAAGUUAGAAGAGGUGCGGCCUGUAACAUUUGGUGCAGCAAGCAGAAUCGUGGGAAUGACACCUGCAGCACUGCUGAGGCUCCUCCAGUUUGCACGGCAAGCUGAAAGGCUUUGUGAAGUUUAGGAUAUAAAUUAAAAAAUAUAAACUAUUAAAAUAUUAUGUUUUUCAA